GCAUUAUGUUCUUCGAGGACCUCCUGAGACGCCUUAUCAUAAUGGAGAGUACCAUGGGGUUUUAUUGUUCCCACCAGAGUAUCCUUUCAAACCUCCAUCCAUUCGUAUGACGACACCUUCCGGACGAUUCCAACCUGAUACAAGAUUAUGUUUAUCUAUGUCGGAUUUUCAUCCAAGUACUUGGAAUCCUAGUUGGAGUGUUGCAACUAUUUUGACUGGAUUACUGAGUUUUAUG